UCGGUUUAUUCGACACUCGCUUCAAAAUAUCAGCCACAUUUCAGUAAAGAGAUUUAAACAAACAUCAUUGUAUAUAGAGCGUGUGCUGUACAUGUCCUUGUGAAUGAGCUGUUACUAUGGAAACGGUUCAGUCAGAGCUACAGACUUACAGAGUUACAGAAAAAUAAUCAACACCCGGAUUUGCAUUGGCUGUCAGUGUGAUGGAUAAAUUCUCAUUCAGCUGCUGCUGUAUCUGAGAGAUUUUCCGACGCGAGCCGCAUCAGUUCCACACUGAAUCCCUCAGAGGCCGUGUUCACAGCCAGAUCCUCACAGCUCGGGUUCUUCUGGAAUUCUAAUGUUUGAGGCCAUGAACACCAACAUGACAAACUCGACCCUGGACCUGAAGGACACUCAUAGUCUCACUGCCUCGUCUAUAAUUGUGAUCUUUAAUCAGAUCAUCAGCCUCUCCAUUGGACUUCCUCUAAACUGCUAUGUGCUUUUUCUUCUGUUCACUCAAGGUGCACUGAAGGAUAUGGAUGUGACGUUUACCGUGAGUCAGUCCACCUCAGAGAUCCUGCUGUCCUUCACAGCACCUCUGUCCAUCAUGUGCCACGUGAACACUGAGCUGUGUGCCACUAAAGCUCUGGGGUUUUUCUGGGGCAUUAGCAUAUCGGCUCGCUGCUAUUUCCAGUGCUGUGUGUGUUUGGAGCGCUACUUAGCCGUGGUCCACCCCAUCACCUUCCUCAGGUACAAUCACAUGAGGUAUCGCCUGGCCUGUGCGACAGUGAGCUGGACGAACUCUCUGGUGUGUGCCAUGUCCUGCGUCUUAACCUUCCCUCAGCUGCCCUUUAGCACUUUGGCCUUCAUGCACAGUGUCAUUUUCAACGUGGACAUUUUCUGUUUCCUGUCGAUUUUGAUGGCUUUGAGAAGGCCGGGACCGGGCGGCACCGAGAGGCGGAGCGACGAGGCUGGGAGGAACGCCAUGAAGAGGAAGGCUUUUAAAAUAGUUUUGGUCAAUUUAAUGGUGUUUCUGUUGCAAAUCUUCCCACUUCUGUGUCUUUUUAUCAUGAAACAACAUUUCACUCUGGAGGUGUUCAACUUAGCGAUAGCCAUUAGCAUGUCUGUGAAUUUCGCCGCAGGGUUUGUGCAUCCUAUCUUUUUUCUGCACAAAGCUGGAAAAUUAAGGCUAAUGAGAUGUUUGUAAAGCUGGAGAUGAUAGGAGUUUUUCCUCCUGCAUAAAACCUGGAAGUGAGAUUAUUCUCCACUGUGAAGGAAUCAUCACCACAUCCUGUUAAUCCAGUCCCAACUUUACUGAGAGGUAAUGAGGUAAUGUCAUGCCUCAUGUCACACCUUUACCUCUGACUGUGAUAAAGCACUGACACUGGAGACUCCUUCCUGACCUGACCCACAAACAUCUCAUUACAGACUUAUCAACACAAGCACAAAUUUAAUUUUAAUAUACGAAUUAAAUAAAAUUACAGAAAACACAGUGAGAUUAUAUGAAUAAAAGAUAAAACUUCGGUAACUGCAUAUUCCAGAUUUUCUUGUAAUUAUCAUCAAAUAAUUUCAUUCAUAAAUCUAUUCAAUAAUGAAUUAUUUAAUUACACCGACCAGCCAUAACAUUAUGACCGGUGAAGUGAAUAAGACUGAGUAUCUCCUCAUCAUGGCACCUGUUAGUGGGUGGGAUAUAUUAGACAGCAAGUGAACAUUUUGUCCUCAAAGUUGAUGUUAGAAGCAAGAAAAAUGGACAAGCGUAAGGAUUUGAGCGAGUUUGAUGAAGGGCCAAAUUGUGAUGGCUAGACCACUGGAUCAGAGUAUCUCCAAAACUGCAGCUCUUGUGGGGUGUUCCCGGUCUGCAGUGGUCAGUAUCUAUCAAAAGGAUCCUUUAAGAACUGUAAGUAUCCUUUAAGGACCUCCAUGGAGGCCCCACCUCACAACUUAGAGGACUUAAAGGAUCUGCUGCUAACAUCUUGGUGCUAGAUCCCACAGCACACCUUCAGGGAUCUAGUGGAGUCCAUGCCUCGACGGGUCAGGGCUGUUUUAGCAGCAAAAAGGGGAC